CGUUGGCAAAUUCGGAGAUCGACACACAUGCAAGUGCAAAGACCGACCAUGGCUCGCAUCUUUUUGCUGCUCGUUUUGCUCGUCGCCGCCGCCCAGGCCAACGAAUCUCCAACCGAGCCACAAGAAUCGCAGUUUCGGCGAGAAAUCUUAACGUAUUUGAACAAAACAGACGAAAAGCUGACACAGUUGAUGAAAAUGGUCUUCGAACAGGCUGUUGAGGCUCAGAAGGCGGCGGAAGAUCAAAAGCGGGAAUUGAUAACAUUUUCCAACGCGACCAACGACCGAUUCGACCAACUGGCUAAAGCUAUCGACCAUCUCGACCAGCGCCAUAAUCAGACUCAGGAAAGUGUGAAGCACGUUGAAGAGAAUAGGAAGAUCGACAGAGAGCAACUGGACUCUUUAGCAAACCUCACCGACAGCCAAAUUAAGCUCCUUAAAGUCUCUGCCAAAUGCAACGUCGCACGUUCGUUCACAUCGACUUUGUUGUCCACCGGAAAAAAGUACCUUUUUUCUCUUCCAAUGAAGAAAAACUGGGCUUCUGCAAAAGAGUUUUGCACCGAAAAGAGCCUCCACUUGGCCACGAUCAGAGAUCAAAAUGACGCUCAGGUGGUCGCGGCAGCAGGAAAAAGAAUUGUUUCUAAUCAAGGUUGGUGGGUUUCGGCGAGAAACCAAGGCAGUGGAAAUCAAACAGACUUCCAGUGGCACGACGGGACCCAGUUGGGGUCGGACAGUCCGUUGUGGACGGACGGUGACAACAAGGCAAAGGACUGCGUUCGCAUCUUUGAUUGGUCCAGCGGAAAUUUGAAUAGCUUUGAAUGCACUACUGAUCUGUUUUUCAUCUGCGAGCUGCCAAGCGAAUGUUACUGAAUUCUAUAAUUAAUUUCUAAUGAUCGUCGAGGGUGCAUCAAAAUGUUGUCCCAUAUUUCUGUAAAAAAUUGUGAACAAAUUCAGAAUCAGAGAUGUUAUUUCAUUUUUCUCAUUCUAUUGUGAAAUAAAUUUGCAGGUUUUUUCUAAUA